GUGAGUGCAGCGCCGUGCCGGGACGCGGCGGAGCCGGGAGUGGGAGCGAGCAUGGGGAAGCUGCUGGCGGUGGCUCUCGUGGGGAUAGCGGCAGCUUUGGUGGCGGAGCGGCUGCUGGCGUUCCGGAACAGGCUCAACGCUUCCCGGGAAGUAGCCCCGGUAACCCUCCCGAACUGCCGGCUCAUUAAAGGCAUCGAAGCAGGCUCAGAAGACAUCGACAUACUUCCCAAUGGCCUGGCUUUCAUUAGCUCCGGCUUGAAAUAUCCAGGACUAAAAAGCUUUGCACCAGACAAGCCAGGUGAAAUAUUUUUGAUGGAUUUGAACGAAAAUAACCCCAGAGCAGUGGCACUGAGAAUCAGCCGAGGGUUUGACCUGGCAUCGUUUAACCCUCAUGGAAUCAGCACCUACAUAGAUAAAGAUGACACUGUGUACCUCUUUGUUGUGAACCAUCCCCAGCACAAGAGCACAGUAGAAUUGUUUAAGUUUAUGGAAGAUGACAACUCUCUCCUGCACCUGAAAACCAUUCGACACGACCUUUUGACAAGUGUGAACGAUAUAGUAGCUAUGGGACCAGACAGUUUUUAUGCCACCAAUGACCACUACUUCACUGACUUCAUCUUGAUUGCCUUGGAGAUGUUCUUGGGUUUAACUUGGUCAAAUGUUGUUUACUACAGUCCAAAAGGAGUGAAGGAAGUAGCAGCUGGGUUUUAUUCAGCCAAUGGAAUUAACACCUCACCAGACAGAAAGUACAUCUAUGUUGCAGAUGUAUUUGACCACAAUGUCCAUGUUAUGGAGAAACAUGCCAACUGGAGUCUAACCCAUGUGAAGACCCUGCAGCUGGACACGCUGGUCGAUAACUUGUAUAUUGACCCUCACACUGGAGACAUCUGGACAGGAUGUCAUCCCAAUGGCAUGAAGCUAUUCUUCAAUGAUCCUGACAAUCUGCCUGCAUCUGAGGUGCUGCGCAUCCAGGACAUGCUGGGGGAGCGGCCGGCGGUGACGCGCAUCUACGCCGACGACGGCUCCGUGCUGCAGGGCAGCUCCGUGGCAGCUGUCUACGAGGGCAAGCUGCUCAUUGGCACCGUCUUCCACAAAGCUCUCUACUGUGAGCUGUAGCUCGGAGAGGAUUGUAACAGAGGUCCACGUGGAGGCCUGUGAAUCAUGGCAACUGGGCCAAGAGCUGGGAUUAAAAUAAUCUCCAGUGAGCAGAAGUCUGCCCUGUGCAGCAACAGCUGUCCAGUCAUGCUCUCCAUUAUUUCCUCUGGAAUGACCAAGAAAUGGGCAGGCAAAGUGAGGACUCGAUACAAAUUGUACUAAAGAUUCAGGGUUUCUCAGUUUAUUGCAUUCGUUGUCUAACAACAAGAAUACUCAUUGGCAAGAAAGUUAUUUACACUAACAAAUCAACUUGAAACCACGAGGCUUUGCUGUUUGUAUUUAAACUGUAAGAAAACAAAGGGCCACCAUGAUGGAUUUUUGUUUUGAUGUCUCCCAAUAACUAAAUAUUAACCAAAGCUGGAGGUUGUUGGGUUUUUUGGGGGAGGGUGGGGGUGGGUGGGAAGGGGGUAGAACUCAACAAUCUAGAGAAGUUCAUAUCAACCAAGCACAAGAGAACAAGCUCAGACAUGGCACUACUGUGUCAUUCAUGCAGAUGAUCAGACACCAAGAUGUACAAAUGAAAAGUUCAGGGAAACAUGCACUUCAUAUACAUUUGACCUCUUGGAAAAAAAAAGAAAAGGAAAAAGGAAAAUCUUGGAAGCUCAACCACCUCUCUUCCACCAUAGAAAAAGAAACCAUAUGAGUAGCCAAUUUAUACAGUGAGCACAGUGCAGUUUAGUCUUUUAGCUGCCAGGUCUUCUAGCAAUGGCUGGCACCUGUCAGUGGCCAGUGAGAUACCUCUGCAACGGGUCUGGGAAAGAGGAAACCAUUAUAGCAAAGUCUAAGGGAUUCACUGUGCAGGCCCCACUUCCAGAGGGGCUGCUUGCUCUGCGUCCCCCUUUCCUUCACACAUUUCUGUACCAGGCUCCAAGCCCACUUCUGCUGGUGCCAGUGACACAGGUCCCAGAGCAGGAGGCUCAAGAUCCUGGGUUAUAGGAAGCUGGACCCCAUCCCAUGAGCUGUGAGCCCUCCUCACCUUUCCUCACUCUGCCAAAGUCAGCAGAGCAGGUUUCACAAACCUUCCAGCUCAUUCCUAGCACAGCCCAAACUUCCCAAAGAAACAGGCAGCUCAAGGCACUGCUGCCAAGCUUUCCAGUAAGACAGGGACAACAGCAUAAGUACCAGUUAGUACUGCCAGUUAGUCACAGAAAGCUCAGUUUGUGAGGGAUUGGAGGGCUCAAUAUCAUGACUAAGAUAUCACAGCUUGGCAAAAAUGAGUUUUAUACAUGGAAAAGUACAGCACAAUCCAUGCAGGAGGUCAACCAAAGGGACUGUGCACUCCACUGAGCUGAGUGGGUAGGCCACCUGGGAUGUCACUCAUAAUCCUGCUUGGAAGGAAGCUACUGAAAGUGCUCCAACAAAACCAAAAGUUACAGUUAAAAAUACACAAAAAGAUUUCCUUCCUAGAAUAGUGCCACUCCAAUAAACCAAUCCUGCCAACCUCCUGCCCCUUAGAACAUUUCUAGGAAGGCUGAUUUGAAUUCUUUUCAAUCACUAAUUUACCAAAACUAAACCAAACCCAUCCACCUGCUCUGUGCACUCUGCAGCCCAUUUUGACCAGUAAAGACUCACAGGUUGAUUAAAGAGGUGCUGCUUUGUUCAAAUGCCUGGUUUGCAAGUGGUUUGGGCCCUAACAUCCUGAGGUUUUCAAGUGAGAGAGAGCAGAGUGAAGAAAGUGCUAUUAGAAGGGUCCAGCUCCUCUGUCACUUACUUUGAUGAUAGUGCAGGGACAAAGCCACACCUAAAAAGCACAGGGUUUUGCUCAGGUUUUGCUGUUGCCUCACCAAUAUUUUCUCUCUGCAAACACACAGCUAGAAAAUCAACACAAGCCCUAAUUCCUGCAGACUGCCCCUAAAUUUCAGCACUGAAAACCAGAGCAGCCUGCAGGGCAGAUGUUACAAAGAACUGCAGCUCAAGCUGUGCAAACCUUGCCUUUGGAUUUGCAGUGCUGUGCUAGUGCCCAGAAUGGUAAUUCAUGGCCACACCCAACUAAAGGAGGAUCCUCUUUCUUCCUACUGCAGAACUGGAUUCUGCACCACUGACAGGAGUGGUGUUUCUUCCCUUGAUGGAAAAGUGGGACACAAUUCAUUCCCCGAAACCACACAAUACUGCCCACCUCUUACUCACCAGCACGUGUGCCAGGAGGCGAAGGUGGAGCUGGUCAGGAGGACUUUGAUGGGAGUGAUGAGUGUCAGGAACCCUGGUGCUCAGUUUCAAGCACCUCUGAAUGUCGAUGAGAGCUGAGGAGUGGCAGGCUUCAGGAGAAAGCUGCUCAGUAAUUCCAGCAGAAACUUGAUUCAUGUGAAAGGCCUGCAGCAGACUACAGUCAUGGCACAGCAACACUGAUGUGCAAACAUCACCUAACUCUGCUCAGUUUUUCCCACUGGCCUCUGUCCCACUGUGCAAUUCUAACCUGUGAUCUAGAACAGACUCCUCUUACAGUGACCCCCCACCACACCUGCUCAGAGAGGGGAGUGAAAUGCAAACAGCAGUGGACAACACUCUGCACUGCACCUUCCUCACACCUUGGUCCUGAUCUGCCUGGACAGAUCAACCCCAAGCUGGGAUUUUAACACAGAAGUCACAGGGGUGCAGUACCACAACAAAUAUGAGCUGAAAGCAAGGAAUGCUGGGCUGGUUUGGACAGAGCAAGGAGCCACCACUCCACAAUUCCACUACAAACACUAGGAUUUGUUAGGAGUGAAACAACCUGUGGACUCCUACUUUUUCUGUGUUUCAGAGUUCCAUUUUUUGCUACCUCUCCAUUCUUCACCCUUUCAGAGGCUCCAAAUAUUCACAACCUGGCAGCACCACAGCAAUGGGGAGAACUAGAGAUUACAGAACCAGGAGGAAGUGACCUUCGCUCUGGUCAUCUGGGUUUAAAGAUGACACAGAAACAUGGCUGGAGGCCUGGAAACGCCAGACUACCAGCACAGCGGUUUACAGGUGGGCAGGCAGGUCAGAGCUUUAACCCCAUGAAUAAAUAUGGAGCAACAGGUGAGAGCAGUAGCUGCAGGUGAGCCAAAAGACAAAGGGUUUCCAGUGACUCGUUUCUGUUGUGACAUCAAACCCCACAUUACUCUGAACUGCCACUGAUUCACAAGGAGUUUGAGAAGACAAGAAAUGCACAUCUUCCGUUUCGUGUGUGCUGUGACACAACACAAGGGGAACAAACAUAAGACAGCUUCGAAGGUCUUGGAGAACAGGAACCACCAUUUCAAUCUGUGCUUUAUCCCUGCUGGUAGCACUCCAGCCAGGAGUGAGCACACUGAAUGCAGUCACAGACACAGCACCAAAACUCUUGGCAGUGCUCUGCUUGCUCAGUUUUCACUUGCUGAUCAAAGUGCAUUUGGGGUUUUCAUUGAAAUUCAAGCUGUGAGCGGUUUGUCCAAGUUAGGAUUAUGUUGGAUUUUUUUAAAGGUAGGAUUAUUUAUUUUUUUUUUAACUUAGGGUUUUGUUGGAAUUUUUUUUAAGUUAAGUUUUUUAUUUGAU